UAACAUUAACAUGAGCCUAAAUAGCGGCUUUCCUUCACUGAGAAAACAAUGCCAAUUUGUAGUAAUUGGCUUCACCUCACGCCAAACAAGUUCUACGCUCACACCCUCCUCGUUGGCUUCACCCAUCGACACGUCAUCACUCCCACACGCUCCCGCUGUUUCGCACGUGCGGUCACCUCCGAGUCAGCCAUGGCCGCCGCUUCUAACUCAGUCCGAGUCGCCGCCGCUCAGAUGACCUCCGUCAACGACCUCACCGUUAACUUUGCCACCUGUUCGAGCCUCGUCAAAGAAGCAGUGUCGGCCGGGGCGAAAUUGCUUUGCCUCCCUGAAGCCUUCUCUUAUGUGGGUGCGAGGGAUGGCGAUAGUGUCAAGAUUGCAGAACCUUUAGAUGGACCAAUUAUGCAAAGAUACUGCUCUCUAGCAAGAGAAUCCAGCAUUUGGUUGUCACUUGGAGGCUUCCAGGAAAAAGGAUCUGACGAUGAACACCUGCAUAACACGCAUGUUGUGAUUGAUGAUACUGGGAACAUUAGAAGCACUUAUCGCAAGAUACACUUGUUUGAUGUGGAUGUUCCUGGCGGAAGAGUAUACAAGGAAAGUAGCUUUACAGAAGCAGGGAAGGAUAUUGUUGCUGUAGACAGCCCCAUCGGACGUUUGGGUCUGACAGUUUGCUAUGAUUUAAGAUUCCCAGAGAUUUACCAGCAGCUUAGGUUCCAGCAUGAUGCACAGGUUCUAUUGGUACCUUCAGCUUUCACUAAAGUAACUGGUGAGGCUCACUGGGAGAUUCUUCUCCGUGCUCGUGCAAUUGAAACUCAAUGCUAUGUCAUAGCUGCCGCACAAGCUGGAAAGAACAAUGAUAAAAGAGAAAGCUAUGGUGACUCCUUAAUUAUUGAUCCAUGGGGAACUGUAGUUGGUCGACUUCCCGAUCGAUUGUCAACUGGGAUUGCUGUGGCCGAUAUUGAUUUGUCCAUAAUUGAUUCAGUGAGGGCAAAGAUGCCAAUUGCGAAGCAACGGAAGCCCAUUGAUUUCUGGAAAUCUGCAUCUCUGUAAAUUUUGGACAUGGUCCUGUAUCGCGGCAAUCCAGAUGGUACACGAGAGAACCAUUUGAAGCUUUGUUGUACUUUUUAUGUAAGAUAGCACAACUACUUGCUUGAAUUUAUUGGGAGGAUAAUAAUACUAUUAUGGGAUCUAAAUUUGCUAAUAAGCCAUGAUUUCCUUCAUCAGCGAGCUGUAACCUGAUGUAUGUUUAAACUUUAAGAUUUGGAUUAUUGCUUUCUUAUAUUUUAAGGAGAAAUUACUUAUUAUUUUAAUUUUACAGUAAUUGAUGUGAGUUUUUCAUUA